AUGUGUGGCAUACUUGCUGUGCUUGGUUGCUCUGAUUCAUCACAAGCCAAGAGGGUCCGCGUCCUUGAGCUUUCUCGCAGAUUGAAGCACCGUGGUCCUGACUGGAGUGGGCUCCACCAAUAUGGAGAUUGCUAUUUGGCUCAUCAACGGUUAGCCAUAGUUGAUCCAGCUUCUGGUGAUCAACCUCUCUUCAAUGAAGACAAAACUAUUGUUGUUACGGUGAAUGGAGAGAUCUACAAUCAUGAAGAGCUCAGGAAACAAUUACCUAAUCACACGUUCCGUACAGGAAGUGACUGCGAUGUUAUUGCUCACCUGUACGAGGAGCACGGAGAAAACUUUGUGGACAUGCUUGAUGGUAUAUUUUCAUUUGUUCUGUUGGAUACCCGUGACAACAGUUUUAUAGUGGCACGAGAUGCAAUUGGAGUCACUUCCUUAUACAUUGGUUGGGGUCUAGAUGGCUCUGUGUGGAUUUCAUCAGAAUUGAAAGGGCUAAAUGAUGAUUGUGAACAUUUCGAGUCUUUUCCACCUGGUCACUUGUACUCUAGCAAAGAGAGAGAAUUUCGUAGAUGGUACAAUCCUCCAUGGUUCUCUGAGGCUAUUCCUUCAGCCCCUUAUGAACCUCUAGCUUUGAGGCAUGCCUUUGAGAAGGCUGUGAUCAAAAGGUUGAUGACUGAUGUUCCUUUUGGUGUUUUACUCUCUGGAGGUUUGGACUCUUCAUUGGUUGCAGCUGUCACGGCUCGCUACCUGGAAGGCACAAAUGCUGCCAAGCAAUGGGGAACAAAAUUACACUCUUUCUGUGUAGGACUUGAGGGUGCACCAGAUCUAAAGGCUGCAAAAGAAGUAGCAGAUUACAUAGGAACUGUCCAUCAUGAAUUUCACUACACUGUUCAGGAUGGCAUAGAUGCCAUUGAAGAUGUGAUUUACCACAUUGAAACAUAUGAUGUAACGACAAUUAGAGCCAGCAUUCCCAUGUUUCUUAUGUCUCGUAAGAUUAAGUCACUAGGAGUCAAGUGGGUUAUCUCUGGAGAAGGAUCUGACGAGAUCUUUGGAGGUUAUCUAUAUUUCCACAAGGCACCCAACAAAGAAGAGUUUCACCAAGAAACAUGCCGCAAGAUUAAAGCACUCCACCAAUAUGAUUGCUUGCGAGCCAAUAAAUCGACCUUUGCAUGGGGUCUAGAAGCCAGAGUACCAUUUUUGGACAAAGAGUUUAUCAAAGUUGCAAUGGACAUUGAUCCUGAGUACAAAAUGAUAAAAAAAGAAGAAGGGAGAAUUGAGAAAUGGGUACUGAGGAGGGCAUUUGAUGAUGAAGAGCAUCCUUAUCUGCCAAAGCAUAUUUUAUAUAGGCAGAAAGAACAAUUCAGUGAUGGAGUUGGCUAUGGUUGGAUUGAUGGUCUUAAAGCUCACGCUGAGAAACAUGUAACUGAUAGAAUGAUGCUCAAUGCUGCUAACAUUUUCCCAUUCAACACUCCAACCACCAAAGAAGCAUACUACUAUAGAAUGAUAUUUGAGAGGUUCUUCCCUCAGAACUCAGCUAGGCUCACUGUUCCUGGAGGACCAAGUGUUGCAUGUAGCACAGCAAAAGCUGUUGAGUGGGAUGCUGCAUGGUCCAACAACCUUGAUCCAUCUGGUAGAGCAGCACUAGGAGUGCAUUCAUCAGCUUAUGGGAACCAGGUGAAAGCUGUAGAACCAGAGAAGAUCAUACCCAAGAUGGAAGUUUCUACCUUAGGAGUUGCCAUCUAGAACAAGCAUGAGCCAUAGCAAAGGACUAUUAGAAAUACUAGUCAUCAUUAAUGAAAUUUUGCCUGCUUUGUAUUUUAUCCAGGCAAUGUCAUAUUAUAGAUAAAGGCUCUCCUUAUCUUCCGGUGUUAAGUGUUGUUAUCAACUUCUUGUGUUUACUUUCAAUCUGUCACCUUACACUAUCAUAAUUGUUAAGUGUUGUUUACCUGGCUCUCUUGUAUCAGUUAAAUUUGAAUGCAAACCCCACUGUUUCAA